UAAUUUUCCUUGAAAAGUCAAGUGUAAUAAAUAUUGCUUUCAGCAGCGCUUUGAUAUUUAGCACAGCACAUUGGAUUGUGGAAUUCCAGAGAGACAGAUAACAAUGGAGUCUUUAGGGAUUGAUUUGAGUUGCGCAAUCGGACCUCUGCGAGACGGUGCAUUUCCGGACAAAGAAUGUUUGCUCCCGCUCAUCUCAAAGCUCCUUGGCUACUGCAUCGUCGCCGCCUCCACAACUGUUAAGCUCCCUCAGAUAUUAAAAAUUUUGAAGCAUAGAAGUGUAAGAGGGCUAAGUUUAGUUGCCUUUGAGCUUGAAGUGGUUGGUUAUACUAUUGCUCUGGCCUAUUGUCUUCACAAAGGACUACCCUUUUCAGCUUAUGGGGAAAUGGCGUUUCUUUUGAUCCAAGCAAUAAUUUUAGUUGCUAUAAUCUAUUAUUUUUCACAACCGGUGCAUACCACAACAUGGAUCAGGGCUUUACUAUAUUGCGCACUGGCACCAAGUGUAUUAGCUGGCAGGAUUGAUCCCCUCCUCUUUGAAGCUCUAUACGCAUCCCAGCAUGCAAUAUUUUUCUUUGCCAGGGUACCACAGAUAUGGAAGAACUUUAAGAACAAGAGUACUGGGGAACUCAGCUUCUUAACAUGCUUCAUGAAUUUUGGUGGUUCCAUGGUGAGAGUUUUUACCAGCAUCCAGGAAAAUGCUCCAUUAACUGUUACAAUGGGCUCUGCACUUGGCGUCCUGACAAAUGGGACCAUCCUGAGUCAGAUUAUCGCAUACCAGAAAUCUAGUGUCCAGAAAGAGAAGAAAGUGGAGUGAAGGGUAUGACCAGUGUAUUGUUUAUUCAGAUUGUUUUCAAGGUUCACCCAGUUGGCCAAGCCAGUCCAUCUUUUAAUCUUUUCUUACUGAUACUUACUCAAAGCUUCUAGUUAUGCUGAUUCAAAUUUGGAGGAUUUUGCAAGUACUUUGGUUUGUUAACAUUCACGCAUAAAAUGAAAGGUGAUACACAAUAUAUCUCAAACACUCUUGGAUUAGGUAGAAUUUAAUGAAGAAUGGAUUAGAUUUAUUUUUUA